CAAGUACACGUGUCUGCACCACUGAGAUAAAGUAGCUGGGACAUUGAAAGGACCAUAUGAGUCUCCUGUGAGCACAGAGAACGAGCCGUCCUGAAAGACGUCUACAGAAUAAGCACGAGUAUGACUUAGUAUUCUGGAGUUAUGCUUGAAGAUAGGGGUUUCUAGAGAACCAGACAUUGUGCCAAGUCGAGUGCAUUGGAAUGCAUAAGAAAGCAGAGUGACCAUCAUCAGUAAAAUCGGAGUUGCCCCACAAAAACUCACCCAUCUGGCUGUCAACUAACCGCAGCGCAAUGAAGCUCCAGGACAUUAUUGCAGAGAAAAGCAGCCUGUGGAUCUUCGGAUAUGGCUCUUUAGUUUGGAAACCAGACUUCAAAUUCAUGAGGAGCAAAGUCGGCUAUAUUAAGGGAUAUAAGAGGCGCUUCUGGCAUGGAGAUAAUUUCCAUCGAGGAGACAAAGACAUGCCAGGAAGAGUCGUCACUCUGGUGGAGGAUCAUGAUGCGUGCACCUGGGGGGUCGCGUAUGAGGUCACUGAUUCCCAGGUGGAGGAGGGUCUGCAGUACCUCCAUGUGAGGGAGGCCGUGCUAGGCGGCUACGUCACCAAGAUGGUGGAGUUCUCUCCUAGAGAGAAGGGCCAGGGUAAGAUACUGGCCCUGGUGUAUCUCGCUACCUCAGACAACCCCAUCUACCUUGGGCCCGCCACCCCGUCCGAAAUCGCGGCCCAGAUCGCCACCAGCAGGGGCAACACGGGCCACAACAUCGAGUACCUCCUCCGCCUGGCUGAGUUCAUGAGGCUGUGCUGUCCCGAGGUGGAAGACGAUCACCUGUUCUCCAUCGAGGCGGCGGCGUUGGCCCUCCUGCUCUGAGCUGAAGAGACCAACCUGCUGUGACGUCAGGCUGGACACUUUUGGCAGCCGGACGCCACUGUGCCACCGUCCCACCACAUCAACAACACUACUGUGAAGACUCCAUGAGACACUCCGCUCAUAAACAGUGUUGAUGUCGUCCAUGCUUUUUCUGUUUGAAUGAUUGUGGUUAUAAAUGCCUGGGAGAUUGAAAGAUGAGUUUGUCGGUUACAUGCUGAAAGUGCAAUGAUGAAAGACGUACAGUUUAUUUAGUGAGAGGGUCUGUAUAGGCUUUCUGACUUUCUGUUGCAAAAUGAGGACUCGUACCGUUUGAGAAUAAGCUCUUACAUGGUUGUUGAGGAACAAUAAUAUCUGAUAUUGUUACAUGUCCAAUCUUGAUGGACUUUGGCACUGUAUUACUCUCUUAAAUGUUGUUUGAAUUGAACAUGGGUACUGUUUUAAAGUCUUGAAGAAUAUGAUUGUACAUGCUUGUUUUUAACAUGUACAUGCCGUAUGAGUGUACCUGUUUGAAACUAGUUUAAGAUUGUAGGUCAUCUACAGUUCCGUUUGUAGAGGCUUGUGAAGAUUAAUGAGUUGCUCAAAGCAUUGUGUUUUAACAUGUUUACUUAACUUUUUAUAAAAGUUAUUAUUUUUGUGUAUUUUUUUCUUUCUCAUUCCGAAUCCAUUUGAAUAAAUGUUCUGAAA